AUGGGUAGUAUAACGCACACCUAUGCGCCCCGAGACAUUGCUAAUAUUCGUGCAAAGCUCCAGCGCGAAUUCCUUGGUGAUCUUACCCCUGUACAGGCCUUACUCGCUAAACUUCCUGCGGACAAGGAAUGGAUCGCCUUCCUAAGCAGCGAGAAAGAAGCCUCGUAUCUUCGAGUACUGGGUUGGUUACGGGAUAUCUACCAAGCGCUUUAUACAGACUACGACCCGCAGCAGUUAAACUGCAUACGUUUAAAUAUUGCAAGCACUGCCGAGGGUCGUAUCUUAGAUACUAAGUGGGAUCCCGAAGCCCCUGAGAUUGAUAAGCCUGAUAGUACCCCCUCUGAGACCCCCUCUAAGACCCCCUCUGAGCCUCCUACUAAGCCUCCUGCUGAGCCUCCUGCUGAGCCUCCUGCUGAGCCUCCUGCUGAGCCUCCUGCUGAGCCUCCUGCUGAGCCUCCUGCUGAGCCUCCUGCUGAGCCUCCUGCUGAGCCUCCUGCUGAGCCUCCUGCUGAGCCUCCUGCUAAGCCUCCUGCUGAGAUUCCUGCUGAGAUUCCUACUGAGAUUCCUACUGGGGGGAUUAACUAUUUUGGUCCGAAUACUAUUAUUACAGAUAAGGAAAACGCGCUCCGCAAUGCAAUCAAAAAGGUCUUUCCAGCUACUAAGGCCUUGCUCUGUAUCUAG